GGGGAAAGGGGGCCCGCGAGCGAGCGACGCUGCGACGCUCCGACGCUGCGGAAGGAGGGCGACGCUGCGACGCUGCGACGCUGCGGAAGGAGGGUGACGCUGCGACGCUGCGACGCUGUGACGCUCCGCAGGGAGGGCGUGCAGGGCGAUGCUGUGACGCUGCGACGCUCCGGUUGCAGUGCGACGCUGCGACGCUGCGACGCUGCGACGCUGCGGGAGAAGGGCGACGCUGCGACGCUGCGACGCUGCGGGGGCAGGGCGACGCUGCGACGCUGA